AUCAGCGUGCGGUAUCGCGACUUACAAAUUUUACACUUACUCCCUGAUCGAAUUGAAAAGUUCUCCUGGAAACUUUCGAGAAUGGGUGCGAUUUGUUGGUGGAUUUUUUUCGCUUACACCUUUGUGGUCGGAUCUUCUCUUAAGCAGUACGAUAUCCCGGAAGAUCCUCCAGGGGACCUCCGGGAUAACGUCGGACCAAAAGUAAUCAAUAACGAUUUGGAAAUUGAGCUGGACGCUGAAGGGUUCCAGAUCGAAGACAUCGAUGGUCAACUGACGGUUCCGCAGUUGAUCACCAAGUAUGGCUAUCAGUUGGAAACCCAUCGGGUGACCACCGAAGAUGGGUAUAUCCUGACAAUGUUCCGGAUAUUACCGCGUCAGCAACCGGAAACGCCCAAAUAUCCAGUAUUGAUUGUACAUGGUCUGCUGGGCAGUUCGGCUGAUUUCGUAGUAAGUGGACCGAACCACAGCCUUGCCUACUAUCUGUCCGAUUCCGGGUACGAUGUGUGGCUUGCCAAUGUGCGCGGAACCAGAUACUCCAAGGAUCACACCGAUCGGCCGCUGCAGUCCAAAGAGUACUGGGACUUCAGCUGGCACGAAAUGGGAUAUUACGAUAUCCCGUCCAUGAUCGAUUACAUCCUGAAUGCCACCAGUUCCGAAAAGUUGCAGUACAUCGGCCAUUCCCAGGGAACGACCAGCUACUUCGCCAUGAGCUGCAGCCGGCCGGAGUACAACGAUAAGGUCGUCCUGGUGACGGCCCUCGCUCCGGCCGUUAUACUCAAACAGGUCAGAAGUCCCAUUCUGAGGCUGAUGUUGAGGGUGGCCGAUACCCUUAAGGACGUUCUGGAUUCGAUGGGGGUGUACGAGUUUUUACCCUACAAUCCCAACAACUACUACGUGGCUCGAUCAAUUUGUCCGAAGGAGGAGAAAAAUAGCAUUUGCUCGCUGCUGGUGGCCCUAAUCACCGGACCGCAUCCGGAGAUGUAUGAUGAGCAAUUGGCCCUUGCCUACAUGGGACACGCUCCAGCUGGCGCAUCCACCAAACAGCUGACGCAUUUCGUCCAGUUGGUUCGAAGUGGCCUGUUCCGACAAUUCGACUACGGCAAGAAGGGCAACCUGCAAACGUACAGCAACUGGAAAGCUCCCCAGUACAAUUUUUCCAACUCGAAGGCACCGGUCCAGAUUUUCUAUGGGUUGAACGAUUGGAUGGUACAUCCGCGGGAUGUGGAGGAGUUUUCCCGGAUGCUGCCCAAUCUGCUGGAGGCAGCCCCGAUCGUGGACAAAAAGUUCAAUCACCUGGACUUUCUGAUGGCAAAAAAUGCCCGGCAACAGGUGUACGAUAAGAUGCUGCCGGUGAUGGAACGAUACAAUCGAGUUUAGAUAAUCGUUCGUGAGAAUUGAUUAAUUGAUUCUCAACGCUGUUUUCAUCUAGAUUGAUUAUUGAAUCAACAUACGCAAUGAUUUCAUAGAAUGUAAUUAAACGUUGAUUGUUCGUAGAAGGAUGUUAAGAUCUCCAUCGGAUAGUUGAUCCCAUUCCGAAAUCUAUCCAUUAUGAUCUAUGAUAACAUAAGGUUAUAAUGUGUUAAGUAUGUAUAGAUAAAGAAUUUGAAGUUCUAGUGUUUGUGUUAUUGUAUAGGAGAGACUUCACCUUUUUUUGCAACAAUAAUUUAAUAACCAUAUUUGUACAAAUAUUUACAUUAAAAGCUAAAAAUCCUCGUGUCCUAGAUCAGUUAACGUUUGCCUCGACAGUUAAAACAUUUUUCCA